CCCUCAAACAAGAUGGCGGCGCGAGGGGACGGCUUCACCCGCCAGGACGCAAAAUGGCGGCGGGGUGGGGUCGGAGAGGGAGGACUCUAGGCGCGCAUGCGCAGACGCCGGUUGGGCAGCGGAGCGGCGGGGCAGCGCCGGCACCGGACGCAGGAGCAGCCAUGGAUUGGCCCCAAGAAAGACCCAGCAGGUGCUGGGGGAAGACAUCCCACCUGAAAUGGAGGUGAUGCGGGGAGCUGAGCGCCGCCCGCACCGACAUGGGGUUGCGACUGUUGGCUUGUCUCUUCCGAUUGCCCACCGCAGUGAUCUACGGGUCCUUGUCACUGUUCGUUUCCAUUUUGCACAACGUGUUUCUCCUCUACUACGUGGACACCUUCGUCUCUGUUUACAAGAUCGAUAAACUAUCCUUUUGGAUAGGGGAGACAGUGUUCCUGAUCUGGAACAGCCUCAAUGACCCUCUGUUUGGCUGGCUGAGCGACAGGGUGUUCCUGAGCACGCAGCAGCCAGGAGCAGAGAUUUCCUCCCCAGAAGUAGUUCUGAAGAGGCUCAGAGCACUGAGCCACAAUGGCCCUCUCUUUGCCAUCUCUUUCCUGGCUUUCUGGGUCGCCUGGGCUCAUCCUGGUGUGCAGUUCCUUCUCUGCCUUUGCAUGUACGACAGCUUUCUCACCAUGGUCGACCUCCAUCACAACGCCUUGCUCGCAGACCUGGCUGUUUCGGCAAGAGACAGGACGAGCCUCAACUUCUACUGCUCUCUCUUCAGUGCCAUAGGCUCGCUCUCUGUCUUCAUGUCCUACACAGUGUGGAACAAGGAAGAUUUCUUUUCCUUUCGCAUAUUUUGCGUCGUGCUGGCCCUCUGCUCCAUCGUCGGUUUUACCCUGUCCACUCAGCUGCUCCGCCAGCGAUUUGAGGCAGAUGGGAAAGCGAAAUGGGAUCAGGAAUCAACCCUAAAACAGCUGUACAUUGAGAAACAUUCCGUCCCCCAGGAGAAGAGGAUCACCCUGGCAGAAUAUCUCCAGCAGCUCAAGCGGCAUCGCAACUUCCUCUGGUUUGUCUGCAUGAACCUGGUCCAGGUUUUUCACUGCCACUUUAACAGCAACUUCUUCCCCCUGUUCCUGGAGCACCUGCUGUCAGACCAGAUCUCUGUCUCUACCGGAUCCUUCCUCCUCGGUGUUUCCUACAUUGCCCCCCACCUCAACAAUCUCUACUUCCUCUCCCUCUGCCGCCGCUGUGGGGUUUACGCUGUGGUCCGAGGACUCUUCUUCCUGAAGCUGGCUCUCAGCGUCGUCAUGCUGCUGGCGGGACCCAACCAGGUCUAUCUGCUCUGCAUCUUCAUAGCCAGCAACCGCGUGUUCACGGAAGGGACCUGCAAGCUGCUCAACCUGGUGGUCACCGACCUGGUGGACGAGGACCUGGUCCUGAACCGCAGGAAGCAGGCAGCCUCGGCGCUGCUUUUUGGGAUGGUCGCGCUGGUCACCAAGCCAGGGCAAACGUUCGCCCCUCUCAUUGGCACCUGGCUGCUCUGCGCCUACACAGGCUACGACAUUUUCCAGCGCACCCCCUUGGGCAAUGUGGUGAGCGCCCCGCCGAAGCUGGAGUCUGCCGCCGCCUUGGAGCCGACUCUCCGCCAGGGCUGCUUUUACCUCCUGGUCUUCGUGCCCAUCGCCUGUGCGCUGCUGCAGCUCCUCACCUGGUCGCAGUUCAGCCUGCACGGGAAGCGCCUGCAGAUGGUGAAGGCUCAGCGCCAAGGCCUGACGCAGGGGGAAGCGCCUGAAGUGAAAAUGAUUUAGGGGUGCCUGAGCCCCUCCUGGUUCCAGCCUGGGGCAAAACGAGGGGACUGCUGAGCAAGGAAACCCUGCAUUUAUGAUUCAACUGUGAAAUGCUGUAAGGCCGAUGCUUGCUUAUUCCAGGAGGGGCUGCUGGGGAAGGCAGAGAAGCCUUGACACAGGAGCAAGAGCGUUUUAACCUCGCUGGUCCCAGGGCAGGAGGAGCUGGGGUGCAACACGUGCUGCAGGUGUACACGUCCCUGGUGGGCAGAGCAGGGCAGGGAGCACACACAGAGCCUUUCCUUGCUCCUUUUCCAAACCCAGGGGAUUGAUGUGCCCCUCUCACGGGGCUGACCCUGGCACCUUCCCUUCUUGCGGGGGGGAGAGCGCAGCUCUUGCUUUUGUGCCUUCAAUUCCACUUGGGAGCCCGUUUGACACAAUGCUGGGUAGACACAGGGGUAGGAUUUUACCUCUGUGCAGAAGGACAGACACCACAGCUCCUCUCUGCUUGAAACAGCGCCCCAGGGGUUGAUUGUCCAGCCACGGAUCCAAGGGGGAAGGACGGGGCAGGCGGUCACCAGAAGUCCCCAGGGUAAGGGAGUCUCCUCCAACUCCCUCGGGUGAGCGUGGUGCCAAAGCAGGCUGGGUGGGGGCCAGCAGUGCUCUGCCCUGUGCCCUCCUGAAGGAGGAGGUGUGCUCACUCACAUUCGUGCUGUUCUUCACUUAGCUGCCUCCCCAGCCUCAGCACCAGGCUCCUCCUGGGGUUGCAGCCCACAGCUCUGCCAUUUUGCCUCAGGACACAGCUGCCUCCUGUCUCGGACCAAGAUGUUUCUGCCACGGGGCUUCUGUCGUUCUCAAUAGUUCAAUCAUAACUUAUUUGUGCAGAUUUUAACCAAGUUUGAUUCUUCAUUUCAUAAAUUAAAGACCUUUUCUGUA